AUGUUUGGUUCUCUUUUAAGAUUGACUCUUCUUUUGAGUCUCCUUGUCGCUUUAUCUGAAGCUCAUGGUGCAAUAAAUGACGGCGAUACCGGUAAUACCCAAAACGUACCCUCUGUCUUUCCUAGUGAGAAACAUGGCACAUUGGCAGAGGGAAACAUUCGUCUCGGAUUCGGUCUCACCGCUUUGGCUGCAGCGGCCUCCGCUCUUGGGUCGCUCACUCCGUUCCUUGAUUCAUUGUUUCCACUCCUUCCUUUUAUGGCUGAUUUCCGUAUUACUAAGAGUAAAGGCUUCCUUGCCGGAUCAUUCGCAUUCGCUAGUGGUGUUUUGUUAGCUUUAGUACUUACCGAUCUGUAUCCGGAAGCCAUCAGCGGAUAUCAAAAUUCUGGGAAAUUUAACAAAAAGUUUGGCAGUUUCGUUGCUGCUGCCGUUUAUAUUGGAACUGUUCUUUGUAUCUUUAUCGGCAAAGCUCUUUUUCGCAAGUAUAAGCGUAGACGAGUUCCCGAUGCAAAUGAAGAAUAUAAAAGCGAUAUUGAAAAGGCAGACGAAAAGAUAGUCGAAAAUAUUGAUCAUCACAAGAUGUUGAAAGUAGGCCUUCAGGUUGCUGCUGCUUUGGCUCUUCAUAAUUUCCCGGAAGGACUUGCCUCCUUUACGACUACCAUUGCAUCGGCGAAAAUUGGCGUUAUAUUUGCUAUUGCCCUUGCUCUACACAAACUCCCCGAAGGCCUAAUAAUUGCUCUGCCAAUUUACUUUGCAACCGGAUCUCGAUGGAAAGCCUUUUUGAUUGCAGCGUCAGUUGGAGUUAUUUCCCAAUUCCUUGGUGCGAUUCUUGGUUACGUUCUUUUCGUCACUUAUUGGAAUGAAGCCGUUAGCGCAACCAUGUUUGCUAUUGUGACAGGCUCGUUGUUGUAUAUUGUUUUGCAUAGUAUGAUACCUUUGGCUAGACAUUACGAUCCCAAUAAUCGCUAUGUUACGUAUUAUUUGUUUGGCGGUUUGUUCUUCUUUGCCAUCGUUUCUGCUAUUUUCGACAUUGCAUAA